GGAGCAAGUCGGCCUUCAGUGCUCCUCAUGCACUCUGGAGAUAAUGUGCUGUUCUAGUUUUGUUUUGCAUUAGAAAACGUAGCACAAUGCCACAGACGGUUGAGCCGUGCAAGAUUUUGGACCCUGGUCAGACUUUGAGGAAUAAGGAGCUUUACCUGAGCCCUGAGGGAUUCUGGGAGAAAUUCCACUGCAAGCACGAGCAAGUGUUUGGUGAAGUGAAGGAAGUGCUUCAGCUGGAGGUGAAGGAAGUGGAGGAGGAGCCAGAAAUAGAGCUCUGUAUAGCUGAUGAAGGUGUCCGCCACUUGACCCCUCCGGACUGUUUGCAGCAAAAUAAGGAUUUGCCCCUAAAUAAGCCAAAGUCUCAUAAAAGAGGAGACACCGACAACCUCUGGAAGCAUCUAUGGCGCUCCAGGAAGCUGGUUUCAGCAGUCAAGCAGGGUGGUAGCUACUUUCAACUCCUCCAGGAGCAAGAGGAGCAGAAGAAUGAAAAGAGGAGGAAAAAAGAAGAGAGGAGACGCACUGAUCAUCAUCAUCCAUUCUCUGACUCUGGGAUAGAGAAUGAGGAAGAGAGAAGAUCUGUUAAUGAAGGAGUCUCUUCAUCAGCAUGGAGGCAGAGCAACAGGAGGCGUGGCCAACGACUCCGCCCCUUUACUCCAGUCCAUCAAUCACUGACUUCAGAUCAGCCACAGCAGAUAUCAGAGGAACAUGUGUAUCGGCAGCUGUGCUGUCUGUGCUGGUUGUUGGAGGCUCUGACUCUGGAACGUUCCGGAAAAUUCAGACCUGUGGAUUCCUGCUGGGACGCUAAGGAUCCGGGGUGGAACAGGAACCCUCUGAAGGCUAUGAACAGAGAGAAGCUGAUUCAGGCCAAAUGGGAGCGAUUCAUCUCUCCACCAAAGUCUCUACGUCCUGUAAUCAGACUGUCUCGCAUCACCUCUCUGACCCACAAGUCCUCGGCCCUCAGUGCCAUGUCAUCAUCUGUGUUAACAACCUCGUUGCUAGGCAACAUGUCCUCCUGUGAUGUCAGUUUUUCGGGCGAAGAGAGUGAGUGUCCGAGCGUGGUGAUGUCAGAGACGGAUCCUCCCAUUUCUAAAUACUUGCAGAAGCUGCUGGAUGAAGUUCAUCAGAGUGUUUCUAAAGAGCUUUAUGGCUCAACCACAGACUGCAGCUCGGAAACAGAUACAGUCGGUUUUGAGACACUCAGAGCUCAAUAUAACACGCGGGACAGUGCGGCCCCUGGGACACUGGAGUCACACACAGCAAAAAGUUCUGAAAAUCCCCUAGCUUCCACCACGUUUAGCCACGAGAAGGCGGCCAAGUUGGAGCAAAUGAAGCUCAUGUUUAAAGAAAGAGCUCAGGAAUUAUCACUGAAUUUAACUGACACUCUCGACCUCAAAGCCAAAAAGAGAUGGAUGAGUGGAGUGCAGAGAUAUCAGUCCCUCUCUAACAUGUCUGCCCCUCAGCGUUACACCCCCUCUGUGCCCUGUGCCACCCCGAAUCCACAAGUGCAGGAUUCAGACACGCCCUACAGUACCCAGUGGUGUGUGCUCUCAGUGUUACUCAGCAGCCUGCCCACUCACACACACUCGAAUAGGAAGUUGGUGUGUGUGUUAGAGAAGCUGAAGCGAUACACACAGGAGAGAACUCUACGCAUCCGACCGCAUGUUUUCCUCAAGGUCCUAAACUCCCUUCAGCCCUGGGAGCUGUGCUUUCCUGAACUGUGUGUGGCUAUAGAGAUAGUGAGGGAGAACGCAGUGAGGAUGUCUACAGAUGAGUAUGACUGCUGGCUGUGUGCUAAACUUGACCUUCCACAGACUGUAAAGACCAACAGAUAAUUUCUCUCUUCAUAGUAAUAAUAAUAACAACAACAACAACAAGACCGUCAGUGACUGUGUAGCUCACUCCGGCCCCAUCUAAUCCAGAAGGAACGGUCUAAUGUGGGCUGAUAAAUGUUGCAAGCUAUAUACACUAUAUACAAGCGAUUAUAUAGAAGCGAUAUCCACCCUAGGAAUACCGACCUGUUUGUCAGAAAGAAUCCAAAAUGGCGAGGAAUUGACCAAGAAGAAGUGAUUUUUGUUGAACUGCUGAAGGCAUUACGGCUUAAUUAGUCCAUAACUUCAUUAAUAAUUGUAAUGAAGCAAAUCUGGGUAGAAGUUAUAUGCACCCUCGGUACCCCUACCUUCACGCCAGAGAGAAUCAAAAUCGGAGAAGAAUUGAGGGAGAAGAAGCGAUUUGUGUGGAAACUGCUUGUUAGGGAUUGAUUAAUUACUCCAUAUCUUCAUUAUUAAUUGCAAUUAUGCAAAUUUGUGGAGAAGCUAUAUGCACCCCAGGCAGACCUACCUUCCUGCCAAAAAGAAUAAAAAUCGGUGAAGAAAUGAGAGAGAAGAAGAGAUUUUCAUGAAAUGUGGACGACACCGGCGGACGACGGACAACACAACACAUGAUGGAAUAAACUCAUCACCUGUCGGCCAGAUGAGAUAAUAAUAAUACUUUGCCCCAUGUACAUUCAAGUACAGUGAAAUUCCUCCUCUGCCUUUAACCUACCUGAAGCAGUGAACACACACAAGUGAGCAAUGAGCGCGUGCGCACACACACACACAUAUAUACCCAGAGCAGUGGGCAGCUAUGCUAUAGUGCCCGGGGAGCAGUUGGGGUUUAGGUGCCUUGCUCAAGGGCACUUCAGCCAUGAUGUCAUGAUACAGAGGGAGGAGAAAGUGCUGUUCAUUCACUCAACUCUCUUUGCAUUUUUCCUGCCGGUCCUGGAUCCAAACCUGUGAUCCUUUGGGCCCAAGAUUGCUUCUCUAACCUUCAGGUCACGGCUGCCCCCAGAUAGAUCAUCUGUAGUUUCUUGAUCUCUAUCAUUUGAAAUAUUUGUCUCAAAUGGUGAAAACGUGCCUCUCAAAUGUAAUCCCUGCCCUUUGGUCAUCAUUUGAGAACUCAGACACACCGCUGGUGAGAAAUAAUUCCACUGGUAAAGACGGUAUGCUGUAUUUGGCAUUUUUACAUUAAAAAAAGCUCAAACUGUCUGAUCAUUAAACCAUCACAUGCUAUUGUUCUCUUA